UUGUAGAAUAUAUAUUACGCGACUGAGACGCGACUAUUCACAAAUUCAUUUAUUAGUUGCUAGUGCGCUGUUCGUUGAUUCAACACGCAAACUAAACAAAAAUUUGUGAGAUGUUAAUUUUGAUAGCUUUUAUUGUUGUGGGAUGGUGGGUGUACAACAAUUACAAGAACACUAUGUUUUACUGGCGAUCACAAAAUGUAAAGCAAACAGCUAUGCCUGUGCCCUUUUUAGGCGAUGGAUUCAAAGCAACUAUAAAGCAAGAAUCACAAACCGAGAGUGUUAAACGAUUGUACAAUAACUUUAAAAAUGUUCGAUACUCUGGAGUGUACCAAGGCAAUUUGCGCACUCUUGUCAUACACGAUCCGGAAUUAAUUAAACAACUAACAGUAAAAGAUUUUGAUCACUUUGUUGACCACACUAACUUUGCUGGCGAUUUGGAGCCGUUAUGGUCUAAAAAUCUCUUCGCAUUGAAAGGUGACAAGUGGAAGGAUAUGCGUGCAACUUUGAGUCCAACUUUCACUGCAAGCAAAAUGCGUUUGAUGUUUGAACUGAUGGAAAAAUCAGCGCAUCAAUAUGUCGAGUUUUAUUUAGCUCAAAACAAAAAUGUCAUUGAACUUGAACUGAAGAACUCUUUCUCGCGGUAUUCUAGCGAUGUGAUCGCGAACUGCGCGUUUGGUGUGACAGUUGACUCGUUGAAAGAACCAGAAAAUACUUUUUAUAAGCAUGGUAAAGAAAUUACCAACUUGAGCAGUUUCUCAAAACUUGUGACAUUUAUGUUUUCAAUGUUUUUGCCAAAACUUGCAAAGUUACUCAAUGUACGCUUUUUCCCCAAAGAAACCACAGAUUUCUUUAAACAACUAGUCAGAAAUACCGUGGAAACCCGUGAGGUACAGAAUAUUGUCCGCCCGGAUAUGAUUAAUUGUUUGAUGGAAGCAAAAAAAGGGCAAUUGAAGUAUGAUGAAACCCACGAGAAACAUGAUGCAGGUUUCGCCACCAUGGAAGAAUCCGAAGUAGGAAAAACUGCCAAAGUUCAACAAAAGGAAAUGACUGAAGAAGACAUGGCGGCACAAGUGUUGAUCUUUUUCUUUGCUGGUUUUGACACUAUUUCUACAGUAAUGUCAUUCAUUUGUUACGAAUUAGCUGUUCAUCCAGAGGUUCAGGAAAAACUACGAAAGGAUGUUGACGAAACAUACAAAGCCACAAAUGGGAAGCUAACCUAUGAUGUUCUAAACAAAAUGAAGUAUUUAGACAUGGUGGUAACGGAAACUCUCCGAAAAAAUCCACCAUUUGCUGCCGUUGAUAGAGAAUGCACCAAAGCUUAUACAAUUCAACCAGAACUACCGGGUGAAACCCCUGUAAACCUUGUUCCUGGUGAUGUUCUAUGGCUACCUGUCGCAGGUAUCCAUUCCGAUGAACAAUACUAUCCCAACCCGGAUAAAUUUGACCCAGAGCGUUUUUCUGACGAGAACAAAGAUAAUAUUAAACCGUAUACAUUUUUGCCAUUCGGGGCUGGUCCCAGAAAUUGUAUUGGAUCACGUUUUGCUCUCAUGGAAGUCAAAACAGUCGUUUAUCACAUUCUACGGCAUUUUGAGCUGGUCGUGAUUAAUAGGACAGUUAUUCCGGUUGAGUAUAGUGUUGAUCACUUCUCACCUGCUAUCAAAGGCGGAUUUUGGAUUGGAUACAAACGCAGAAAUGCAUAAAAUGUUAAAAUUAAUGUAUAAUAAAUUUAAUAAACGCUUAUAAAUUA